CAGUGGGAGAGAGAGAAAGAGGGAGGGAGGGAGAGAGAAAUAGCGUGUGAGAGAGAGAAGAAGAGACACGAGACAGAGAUCAGACAGUGAGGAGGACUUUUCCAGGGAGCUUAGGUCCUGGCAGUGGGCAGAGCUGAUCAGUAUUGGACCUUGACAAGCCAAGUACAGCUGCCCACAUGGGACACAGGACUACAACCAGAACAACAACCUACCCCCCCCGUUCUAUAAUGGGUUAUUAUCGGAGGACUCCCCCAUGUUCAUGUAACUGUACUGCGUUUCAAUGAGCCUGUUGAUGGAUUGUUGGGCUCUGGAUCUCUGGAGUGACGUGUUGGGAGCGAGGAACUUGUUGCGCUUCCAUAACCUGAAGGAGAAGUGAAUGACAAGACCCUUUGUGACUGAGUUGGACUUUUCAGUUAAAACACAAGGGUAAUGUUAUAUCUGGCCACCGUCAAUCUCGAUCUGUGACUUUACCUCGAUAUGUGAUUAUUGAUACAAGCAUCUGUAAGAAACUAGACAGAUCACUUGGGUCAACAUUCAAUUAUUACCGUUAGAGAAGCAAAGAAGUUACAAGAUUUGAUGUUAUUUGAGAAUCCAAAAUUGCUAAACUGUUGACAGGGAAGAUGAAAUCAGCACUGCUCAAGGCUCUGACUGCGUUGUAAGUUGAACACCAUUGUGGCCGACUGUAACCUGAUCUCCAACACACUGCAGUAAUUACAAGGUGCAUGCAGGGAAACAUAAAGAGAGAUUUGUAAUUAGACCUGUCUAUAAAAAGAGCCAGGCAAAGGGCGAGGUCCCCACACAGAGAGAGAGAAAGGGGGAGAGUCAGGCCAAGGACACCCAACUUGAAGGGAGGGAGGGAGGGGGGCUGUCUGGAGGCAUAGGAAGGAGGCUGCCUGGGGGCAAAGGAAAGAGGCUGCCUGGGGGCAUAGGAAGGAGGCUGCCUGGGGGCAUUGUUGAGUGUAAGUGACACCCAGACCCCCAAGGCCGGGGCAACGACACCUAACCUGAAGGGAAGGAGGCUGCCUGGAGUCACCAUUGGGAAGAAGAUACACCCAGACAGCUUUUGGUAAUUAGGGGACAGGAGGUGUGACCAUGGACUCCCAAGGCGGACACUACCUGAACAAGGCGGCGGUGCUGUCUCCUCUAGGAGCGGCCCGUAUGCUCCAGCUCCUCCUGGGCUGCACCAUCAUAGCCCUGGUGGCCCAUAGCGCCGGAUACAACCACGCCUAUGGUAUCUACUGCAUGUUUGUGUGGUGCUUCUGCUUCGCCAUGACCCUGCUGGUGUUCACCAUGGAUGUGACACGCCUCCCCUGCUGCAUGCCCAUUUCCUGGGACAACCUCACUGUGGCGUUCGCCAUGCUCGCCACACUCAUGUAUGUCGCCGCCUCCGUAGUCUACCCCGUCUACUUCCUGCGCUCUCAGUGCUCCAAGUCGGACGGGGGCUGCGAGGUGCGCAACUACCGCAUCGCUGUCACCGUGUGCUCCAGUUUCUGCUGCUUCGCCUACGCGGCUGAGGUGUUCCUGACCCGGGCCAAACCCGGCCAUGUGGUGGGCUACAUGGCCACCAUGUCAGGCCUGCUCAAGGUGGUCCAGGCCUUCGUGGCCUGCAUUAUAUUUGGGGCCCUGGCCAACGGCAGCGAGUACAACCGCCACAUCCCCACUCAUUACUGCGUGGUGGUCUACAGCCUGUGCUUCUCCAUCACCGUGGUCGUGAUCGCUGUGACCGUGUCAGGAAAAGCCUCGGCUCUGCCCCUGCGUUUCCCCUUCGACCGCUUCGUGAUCAUCUACACGUUCCUGGCGACGCUGCUGUACCUGAGUGCCGCCCUGGUGUGGCCCAUCUUUAGCUUCGACAGGAAGUAUGGCACGCCGGGUCGUCCCGACGGCUGUCCCUGGGAGAACUGUCCCUGGGACAGCAAGCUGGUGGUGGCGGUGUUCACCCAUGUCAACAUGGUGCUGUACUUCAGCGACCUAAUCUACUCCCAGAGGAUCCGCUUUGUCUCCCACUCCGCUGCUUGAGGACCCCUCCACCCUGCACUCUGCUGCCUGAGGACCCCUUCACCCUCCUCCCUCAAUGGCUGAUGCCUGAGGACCCCUCCACCCUCCUCACUCCACUCCGCUGCUUGAGGACCCUUCCACCCUCCACUCUGAUGCCUGAGGACCCCUCCUCAGUCCUGGGGACUCCUCUACCCUCCUCAGUCCUGGGGACCCCUCUACCCUCCUCACUCCUGGGGUGAAUCUCAAAAGUUUUUUCCUCGGUUCCUCAUUGGACACGGCGUACGAGGUAAGGGAGGAGAGCAAUGGAGAAGACAAGAGGCGAUACGAUAUUUGAAUGGACUUCUGCCUCGCUCUGACGUUGUGAGGAGGCGUGGAGAGGGGAUACGAGGAAUAGAGGGUAUAGACUUUUGAGUUGCACCCCUGGCCCUCAGAGACAGACAGAGACCACACUGGAAAUGACACACAGCAUCUCCACUCAAGUGCCUCUGAAUGCCCCAUGCCUACUACAGAUUACAUAUCGCCUCAAUGAUGUUAUGGCUUUGUGCCUUGUUGUGUCAUUCUUAACAUCCGUGCUGUGUCUUUCUUAACAUCCGUGUUAUGUCAUUCUUAACAUCAGUGUUGUGUCUUUCUUAACAUCAGUGUUGUGUCUUUCUUAACAUCAGUGUUGUCUUUCUUAACAUCAGUGUUGUCUUUCUUAACAUCAGUGUUGUGUCUUUCUUAACAUCAGUGAUGUGUCUUUCUUAACAUCAGUGUUGUGUCUUUCUUAACAUCAGUGUUGUGUCAUUCUUAACAUCAGUGCUGUGUCUUUCUUAACAUCAGUGCUGUCUUUCUUAACAUCAGUGUUGUCUUUCUUAACAUCAGUGCUGUCUUUCUUAACAUCAGUGUUAUGUCUUAACAUCAGUGUUGUCAUUCUUAACAUCAGUGUUGUCUUUCUUAACAUCAGUGUUAUGUCUUUCUUAACAUCAGUGCUGUCUUUCUUAAAAUCAGUGUUACGUCUUUCUUAACAUCAGUGCUACGUCUUUCUUAACAUCAGUGUUACAUCUUUCUUAACAUCAGUGUGUCACGCCCUGACCUUAGAGAGACGUUUUAUUUGGUUAGGUCAGGGUGUGAUGUGGGGUGGGCAUUCUAUUUUUUGUUUUGGCCGGGUAUGGUUCUCAAUCAGGAACAGCUGUCUAUCGUUGUCUCUGAUUGGGAAUCAUACUUGGGUAGCCCUUCUUCCCUCCUUUCAGUGUGGGUAGUUAACUGUGUUUGUGGCACUUAGCCCUGUAAGCUUCACAGUUGUGUCUUUAGUUAACAUCAGUGUUACUCUUAACAUUAGGGUUAUGUCUUAACAUCAGUGUUACGUCUUAACAUUAGGGUUAUGUCUUAACAUCAGUGUUGUGUCUUAACAUCAGUGUAUUCCUUAACACUAUUAUCAGUCAUAUCAGUAUUAUAAUCUCUAAGACAAACCUGAGACAAGGGGCCAGCACUGUUGUAGGCACUCUGUCUAAUGGUGCAGUACAUUGGUUUAAUUCAGAGCUUUGAACAUGUUGGGCGACAUUUUCGUAGUGCAAAAGCGAUGUGCUAAAUGCGAAAGAACUCUGUAAACCUCAGUCUGGCAGUGUGAUUUAAACUGAAACUUUUCCUCUACAAUCUGUGUUAUAAAGAAGCUAUUAUAAGGUUUAGUAAACCGAGCAAUCAAUAAAAUGUAGUCGCCUUCUAAUAAUGCACAUUGUUGAAAAACAUUUUCAAGAUUAUAACGAGGUUCAUGGUCAUUUCUGUACUUUGCUUUUGUUCUCUGAACAUGUCGGCCAUUAUGUAUCGAAGGACGUCAUAAAUCAUCACUGGGUUGUUUUCAUGUCUUGAAAUAGUCUGUUUCAUUUAUUGUGUUUCAAUAAACUUUUAUCUUAACUAAGAUGUUUUUUAAAAUAAUGACAAUAAUAUAUAAACAAUGUAAUGUGUUGUGUGUUGUGUGUUGAAUUGGCUUUCCAUCAUUGAGUACUUUUGGUGUUUAUACUAACACCCAACUGCAUGUUUCAACUUCAGCUCCUCUUGUUUUAGUCCAAGUUCAGUCAGUGUGUAGAUUCCUUAUGAGCUGAAUGUUCAGUGUAUCAACUGUCAAUAAGAAAUUGGUAAUAUAUAGUGUGUGUGUGUGUGUGUGUGUGUGUGUGUGUGUGUGUGUGUGUGUGUGUGUGUGUGUGUGUGUGUGUGUGUGUGUGUGUGUGUGUGUGUGUGUUAAGGGGGGGAGGUUAUGGAAUUGACUGCAUAGGUACAGCUACCACUAUUUGAUAUGUGAUGUCUGCACUGCAAAACAUCCCUGAACACUGUACUGUAAUGACAACCAUGCGAUGUACUCAAUGAUUUAAACCCAUAGAAAAGUUCUGAAACUUGUGAAUAUUCAAAAUGUCAUUAAAAUGAACAGAUUGUUUAGUCUGUGCACUUGUU